UAGCAUGACUAAGUAUCUUUUGCAGAUAUCAUCUCAUCAUCACCUCACAGGGAUAAGUAGAUUCUUAUCAAAAGUGCAAUACUGUAUUAAGCGAUAGACAUGUCUAAUGAUACUGUGCAAGGACUAGCCUUUCCUACCAAUAGUAAGGGAGAAUACGCAAGACCAGAUAGUGUUUUCCGUGAAUGGAUCAAGGCAGAUGGUUCGACUCGAUUCCCACCCGACACCAAUCGUUAUCACCUUUACGUGUCCCUCGCCUGUCCUUGGGCUAGCCGUACUCUGAUGGUAAGGAAGCUAAAAGGGCUCGAAAAUGUGAUUUCUUACACUGUAGUCGAUUGGUUGAUGCUAGAACAAGGCUGGAUAUUCACUGACAAGAAGCCCAAAUGUAGUCUUGACACUCUAAACAACUGCAAAACUAUGAGAGAAGUCUACAAACUUGCUAAUCCGAAUUACGAUGGGCGAAUCAGCGUACCCGUGUUAUGGGACAAAAAAACUCGUACAAUAGUUAAUAAUGAGUCGAGUGAGAUAAUUCGCAUGCUUAACAGCGAAUUUAAUGAAUUCUGUGCAAGUGAAAGUCAGAAGAAGCUGGACCUGUACCCAAAACAUCUUCAACCUCGGAUUGAUGAACUCAACAGCUGGAUCUAUCCUUCUAUAAACAAUGGUGUGUACAAGUGUGGCUUUGCUGUAACACAAGAAGCCUAUGAUAUUGCAGUCAAACAACUAUUUGAAGCCCUUGACAAGGCUGAGGCCAUUCUAUCCAAGACAAGAUACCUGACUGGGUCCACCUUUACAGAAGCAGAUAUUAGGCUUUUUGUCACCUUGGUUAGAUUUGAUAUGGUCUAUGUUGGACACUUUAAGUGCAACAAGAAACGUAUAGCUAGCAAUUACCCAAACCUUUGGGGAUUUGUUAGAGAUAUUUAUCAGAUGGAUGGCAUAGCAGAAACAGUUGAUCCAGAACACAUUCAGAAACAUUAUCAGAUGAGUCAUAGAAGGAUCAAUCCCUAUGGUAUUGUAGCCAUUGGACCUGAUGAUAUUGACUUUACUGCACUACAUGACCGUCACAUGAAGUGAACCUGGUCAAGACGACCUGCCCAAGUCAUCAGACAUGGCAGUGGUCUAUCCAUGUUGAUGCUAAAGGACACAAUACCUUGUUGAAAACAUGUAUUUAUGUAAAAAGAAACCGAGGAAGUGAACAUAAUUAAUUGAAAUGUUUUCAUCUUAUUUAACGACUGUAUUUCAACUAACUCAACCCCAAAAUUUCCCUUUAUAGAAACAAAUGGGAGACUUGGGUGACUGUGUCGCUCUAAGACUGAGCAAAGCAUUUGGUUAGAUAGGAAUCGGAAGGUUUACUAUGACUUGCUAAAAGAAAAAAUAUUUUAUGUAUGUUAUUUUCAACAAAAAGAAGAAAAAAAAAGAAAAGAAAAAAAAAAAGAAGAAGAAAAGUUAAGAAAGUAAGGAUUAAAAGCUUGAGUAGGUAUUAUUUCCCGAAAAAUCGGGAAUUCUCGCCCCCUUCGAUUUUCAUACCGCGACGGAAAAGGACUGGGUAGCUGCUGGACUGGGUACUAAAUAAUUAUGUGACGUCGACCCGGUAUCUCAUUCUCUCAUUCAACAGUGAAAGAAAACUAAAGGAAGUCUUAUUAUUCCUCAACCUUUGAACAUGUUUUGCACGAGUCAUCUUGCAUUGCUAGUACGAACCAAACAGGUACAAUACAAUACAAUACAAUAUCUUUAUUUCAAUUUAAAAGGGAACUCAAUAACAAACAAUAGCUUUUUAGCUCUUAGAAGAGUUGAUUUAUGUUUGUGCGUAUCAAUCACUUCAAUACAACAGCAUUUUCCAGUACAACACUGAAUAACCAAAAGUCUUAUCUUAAUUAUGACGUUUACACUUUAAAAGUCAUAAACCAUGCACUUACACACGUUUUACUUAAAAUACUACAGCAAAUAAGUUUACUAGAUGCAAGAUUUUCCAGUACUACACUGAAUAACCAAAAGUCUUCUCUUAAUUAUGACGUUUACACUUUAAAAGUUAUAAACCACUUACACACGUUUUUCUACUUAAAAUACUAUAGCAAAUAAGUUUACUAGAUGCAAGAUUUUUGGACCUCAAACUGAGAUUUUUCAUUUCACUCCUCAUCUUUCGGGGGCUUCACAACUUCGAUUUCUCUCUCAGUUGGUUCAGGCAGUUGUUUCCUGGUUGCUUCGAUGUGAAGGUGUCCAUCCUUGUCCAGAUUAGACUUGAUAGAAUCCAUGUCUACAUCUUUGGGAAGCACGAAAUGGCGAUGAAGUUGGCGGGAAACGAAAACACCUUCCUCCUCAGAUUUGGUAUUCUUUGAAGCGUUUACCAUUAGUUCGUUGUUGAAGACUUUAACUUUGACUUCUUCAGGGGAAAAGCUGCUCAAAUCCAGGUUGACAGAGAAUUUUUUGUCAUCCAUCUGAGCUACUGGACCGGCUUCAGCUUUCUUUUCCUUUGGCUUUUUGUAGGCCUCGAUGUAAAGAACUCCAUCAGGAGAAAAACGAGAAGAAACAGAUGAAGGAUCCACGUCCUCUGGCAGAGGAUAGGCUUGGUGGAACUCGCUAGACUCGAAGCCAAAUCGUCCUUGUGAGUGAUGCUUUCCUUGAACCUUUACUUUCCCAUCUUCGACCUUGAGGGUAAUUUCGUUUGGUUCAUAAUUGUGCACAUCCAAAUUUGCUAAAAGCACCUUAUCUUUUUCUUGCUUAAAGUCUGAAUAACGGGUCCAGCCAAGAAAUGGGUGACCAAAAGCUCCAAGUGUGGCCAAGACAAGCUUGUCACCUCGAUACAUUUUCUUGAGUUGAAUAAACUUGAAUGAAUUUACGUGUCCUUGCCAAGUUUUUGCGCGAUACAACUAAACCUCAGCUGUUUUAUUUGUGAGCAUCUCUGGCUGCUGUUGGCUUAUAUAGCUUAGCUGCAGACUUUCUAGAAACUUCUAAACAUGAGUAUUUAUUUUUAUCGACAUUUGAAUAUUGUGUAAUAUCUUUUUUUAGCGAAAUUUGUAUGGAAGGAUCGAGCWCCUUCUAGACCCGGGCUCUAGAAAGUUCCAUCGAUCGAAUUUUCUAGCCGUGCUCUAGCAUGUUCUACUUUUCUCGAUUUCCGCCUCUGGGUAAUCUAUGAUUCUUUAGAACAUAUCUUUCUUUCGAAUAAAAACUAUGUUCCAACGACCAUGAACAUGAAUUUACAGUGGAAGGAAGCCGAAUGAUUUUUUCCCAAAAAAUAAACACGAUUCCAUAGUUCCAAUGAAAUACUUGGGCUUCCUGUGGACAGGCCAAGAUGGCGCUUUGCAUGCACGAAGGUGAAGCUCAGUGGAAAACAUUUUUACUGUAAAGCUUUUUAGUUUCCCAUAUAUCUACAUAAGGUAAUCAUUGAUCUAGCUAUUUUCUUUGGCUUCAUAAAAGUCUAGAGCUCUAUAGAAAAUUUCGAAUGUUGUAGAAAAUUCUAGAAGGUACUAGUCUUUCUCGAUCGAAGUUACAUGUAAAUAAUGUCACUUGAUCGAAGUCAAACAUGCUGAAAAGCACGUUCACUGAUGGUUCUAGAAUCUUAGCUCCUAAGGUAUAUAAAUGGGGAGCUGCGAAUGAUCUUCCGAUCAAUUCAACUGAAAGCUAUAGCUGAGACAUAAAAAGGAACCAAACAAUAUCUUGAAUCAGUUCACCAUGGAUCUUGCAGACAAGCUUCUCGUAGCGACAUUGGGAUCUUUUGUUGAUCCUUUCUUUGGCUGGACUUACUAUUCGGACCACAGAAAGGACAAAGACAAGGUGGCCCUUGCUGCUGUUGGUGUGCAGAAUUUCGAUCCUAACGAAAUCUCACUAAAAGUAGAAGAUGGAAAAGUGAUGGUAGAUGGAGUCCAUCGCUCUCAAGGACAGUUUGGCUACGAGACCAGUGAGCUCCACCAAGCCUACCCUCUGCCAGAGGACGUGGAUCCUUCAUCUGUUUCUUCUCGUUUUUCUCCUGAUGGAGUUCUUUACAUCGAGGCCUACAAAAAGCCAAAGGAAAAGAAAGCUGAAGCCGGUCCAGUGGCUCAGAUGGAUGACAAGAAAUUCUCUGUUAACCUGGAUGUGAGCAAGUUUUCUCCUGAAGAAGUAAAAGUCAAGGUUAUGAACAAUGAAUUGAUGAUCACUGCCAGCCACGAGUCAGAAAAAGAGGGCAGUUAUGCUUCCAGAAAGGUUCAUCGCCAUUUCGUGCUUCCCAAAGAUGUGGACAUGGAUUCUAUCGUGUCUAAUCUGGACAAGGAUGGACACCUUCACAUCGAAGCAACCAGGAAACAACUGCCUGAACCAACUGAGAGAGAGGUCCAAAUCACGAAGGCUAAGGAGUAAACCAAGGGCCUUCAUGGUUUACAAGACACUUGGAACAAACCGGUAUGCGGAUUAACGGAGAAUCUUUUCGAACAUGAAACAUUAGAUUAGAUUAGGAUAGAUUUGCUUUGUUACAGUUUUAAAGGACCAGUUCCUAAUGGUUUUGCAUGUAUCUAAGUAAACAGUCACGUGUUAGUAUCAUUGUAAUCAAUCGUCGUGGUCAGUUUAAAACGUUCUUGCACCGAUAUUUCGAUUUAGAGCUAGAUUUAGAGCUAGUUAAGAGAUCUGAACUUAUUGCAAGAACAUCAGUAGAUUUGUAACGCAACUCGUUUCAGUUUUUCGGCUUUAUAGUGAGCUGCAAAUGCAUAAAGUUUGGAAGCGUGACUCGUAUAACGUAAGAAUAAAAGUUUUUUGCUUAUCAUUA